AAGCAAAGGAAAUAACUGUUCAGAUUCAAUAUAUAUAUCGAAAUGGGAUAUUAUUAAACAGAUGUAAAAAUAUGCUGUUCAUCAGUAUGCAUAAAAUCCUUCCCACUACGUUAUAUAACUUACUAACAUGGGCUAUAUUCUACUUCUUAUAUAAGGUGAAUAUAGCCAACGCAAUCGCCUGUUAUUCUUGUGUAUCCGUUAACGGAAGUAAUCCAGCCUGUGAAGAUCCUGUCAGUGCUAAUGUUCAAGUUCAGAUACCAUGUCGUCAGAUUAUACCUGGACAUGACGGGCUUUUCUACGCCCAUCACUGUUCAAAAAUCAAAGGUAUUCGUCAAAAGGAUGGUUUUAGUCUGUUGAUACGAAAGUGUUCAAUGGAUAAGCUGUCUGAUAUACCUACUCAUUGUGGACAAUUUCAACUAGACGAUGAUUUAUACCAUGGAUGCAUUGCAACCUGUUCCAAGGACUGGUGUAAUACUGACAAUAAAUGUUCAAUAUUUAACUGGAUGUUAACUUUAUCUUUGCUAGUUCUGUUAUAUAAUGUAAUAAUUUAAACAACCUACACCAAUCUUUUAACAUUCUACUAAAUGGG